AAUACGAAAACUCUUUAUACACGAUGGGAAUGUUACAAUAUCCGUACUACAAGGAUCUGUCGGUUUUCUACGAUAAAAAACGAUAUGAUUAAUUUACCUUUAGAGAACAUCACCGACAUUAUGUUACAAUUAAUGCCGACUAUUGAUGAAAUGUUCCACAGCUGUUAUUGGAGAGGCACUGGGUUUAACUGUUCGGAUUUAAUACGGCUACAGCGUACCGAAGAAGGGUUUUGCUAUUCGUUUAACAGCAAGACGUCGGAAAGAAGUGUUAAUGACAGUGAGUUCAACCCUCCGGUGGCCGGGCCGAACGACAUGUUGAUACCGCUCAGAAAUAACGCCGCGGGCAAGAUGACCGGGCUGGAACUGAUCUUGAAGAGUCUGAUCACCGAAUACUCCCCGGUCGACACGCGGUCCAAGGGAUUCAACAUAAUGGUGCACACGCCCGAAGAUUUCCCAGACAUUUCCGGCAGUUACAAGAUCUAUAGUGAAAUCAACCAGUCGUCGCAGAUAUCGGUGAGCGUUAGCCACAUCGGUGCGGACGAGUCGAUCUACCGGCUCGGCGAAACGGACCGCAAGUGCUUCUUGUAUGUAGAGAGGUCGGCGGCGCAGGUGAACUUGCCGUUGUACAGGAGCAACUCCGAGGAUAACUGCUACAGCAGGUGCAGGCUAAGGACCACGAGAGAAAUGUGUGGAUGUGUCCCGUACUAUUUCGACGUGGAACGCGAAGGACAUGAUGAAACCGAGUGGAAGUGUUGUGGGAUUGAACACAUUCAAUGUUUGGGGAAAAUGGACGUGCUCCAGCGCAACACCCAGCCACCGAAAGACGAGCCAGGAUUUCCCGAGUGGAGCGUGCCCGUUUACAUGAACUGCAGUUGCCCGCACCCGUGCUCAUUUAUCGGGUACACGACGGAAAUGAAAAUGUUUCCGAAGGAUUAUAUGGAAUCGUCGUUGUUCCCGAACGCUUACAUGCACAUCGAUAUACACUACAAAGAACGGUUCGCCAUCAGCUAUCAACGGUUCAUGAAGUACACCGUGCAGGAUUUACUGGUAACGUUUGGAGGGAUGGCAAGUUUGUUUCUUGGUUGCAGUUUAGUCAGCCUAAUGGAGAUCUUUUGUGUAAUCUACAAAUCUCUACUGAUGCUAAAACAUAAAUACACCAAAGUAGAUACGGUUUCGAGAAAACAACAAUUUAUGUCUUGCCAUCGGAAUCAUGCACUACAUUUCAGUAAACUUCUAUACAAACCACCCUAUAAGAAAUCAUCAACUGUCCGUUAAAAUGCUCAAUAUGAAAAUAAAAAAAAUUAAUCAAUUCUUUGGAGGAUAUUAAUAGUAAUAAAUUAAC